AUGGACAGACUUCCACACCGUCCCGAAUUCUCUAAAGAAAAAGCAAUCCUCGCACUGAUCGGGCAGAUGAGACAGGAAAUCAGAGAGCGAUUCGCCGCCAUGGAGCACGGGCUCGCAGCCACCCGUCAACACGUCGAGAACCUGGCCACCAGAAUCACAGCAAGUGAUCUCAACAACAUAGCUAGAAUCCAAAAUACCCACCUUCGGACGGCAGAUGACCCCCUCACGCCCCUCGUCAGUCCUUCAACCGGAGCCGCCAUCCCGGGAUUCCCAGCCACGUCUGCAGAUAUUGACAAGAUGAGUGGCGAUGAGAUGGAUGCUCUCCUACAACGGCUGGAUCUACACUCUGCCGGUUCAGACAUGGCGGAGAAGAUCAAGCGGUUGAGGACGUUCAUCGGCUUGAGAGCAGAGCGUUUGCUGCACUGA